UGUAUACAGUUUUCGAUUCGAAAUUUGGUAAUUGUUACAGUUUUGAGUUAGGUAUAAAUAUUUUAAAUUAUUUUGGAAUUCAAGUUGUUAAUUGGAACAUUUAUUUACAUUCCGGCUUAAUAAAAGUAUAAUGUCUACAAUACCAACGUUUAAAGCUGGCUGGCUGCUUCGACAAAGCAGCGUGUUGAAAAGAUGGAAGAAGAAUUGGUUUGUGUUGUAUGGGGAUGGAAAUCUAUCUUUCUAUGAGGAUGAGUCUCGUAAAGAGAAACAUGGAAAUUUUAACAUAACUGCUGAGUGUGCUGCUAUAAACACUGCCCUGGAGUGUAACGUUGACCCUCCCGAUCAUCGUAACUUUGGCUGUUUGAUGAAACUGAUAUCACGACACAACAAUAACCUGGUUCUCUGUGCAGCAAACUCUGAUGAAGCUUUGAGUUGGAAGAUGAUGGUGGAGCAAAUGAUCCGAAUCCGAACUGGAGGAAACACCAAUCUCCGGAGGUGGAAUUCUUACCCAAGUGUUCACAGAGCCAACUACCCGAUACAACGCAACACACCUGUAUAUUGUUAUCCAAACUAUGGGCCUGUGCAAGUUUGGUACAACGAAUAUGGGCAACCCUACUAUGUCCACCCACAAACCCAAGUUGUGACCGUGAUACGAGAACGUGAUCCAUAUUAUUAUCGUAAUGGGGAUCUUAUGUGGGGUGUAGCAGCAGGGGCAAUGUUGGGUGCAGCUCUAUACACUCCUUUCCUUUUCUUUUAAUCUUAACACACUAUAGCAGCAGUAUUCUGAAGAUACGCUUCAUGCCUUUUCUAUUCAUUUUUAUUGUACUAUUUCUAUUUCACUCUUUGUAAACCUGUUUGUACGGCUUCUAAGCUGUCGUACAAUUCUUAUUCUAGUACGGUGAUGGAAAACCUGUCAUAUGUGACCUGCUUGACUAUUUAAUGUUCCAACUUAUAAUGUACAGUGUAGAUUCUGAUCAAUUUAUGCUUGGUGUGUUGCUUACCAUUUAAUAAGGUGAACAUGUAAGAACACAACCCGAAUCAUGUAUUCUACUGUAAAUACAAUUUUAAUGCAGUUCAGAAUGUGUUGGGUGCUGUUUUGAAUGUCAUAUCUCAGUUGGUUCAAUCGCGAUCGUAAAUUAGUAACUUUUUAUUUUUUAAUUAUGAAUCCAAAACCAUUCAUCAUCAUUGUAUUCUUGCUUUGCACAUCUUUGCAGGUUGUAACAUGGAUGCCAUUUUGGUCAUGGUGUAUAC